UGUAGGAAGUGUCAGGGUCAGAGGGAAGAGCGUUUGAAACAUGGAAACAAUUCAAUAGGCCCAGUGUGUGCAGUAUGAGCAGGCCAUAGGCGCUGAGUGACUUCCCCACAGAGCAAUCCAUCACCAGAUCCCUGAGAGAAAGCCACAGUUGCCUUGUUUUCUUUUUUUUUUGGAAAGGAAGAGGAGUGUCUCUACAUGUGACAUCACAAGAAACUUGAAACUCAUUUUCAGCAAGCAGCCCUCCCAACUUACUGCCCGCUCCCACAUUUGCUCCCCUCUCCCCAAUCUCUCCUCGAGGCGUUCUGUGCUCCAGAAACAGGCCAGUGUUGGUAUCCUCUCAGCCCCAAGCUAUCCCUCUGAUCCCAGGAACUUCAACACACAGGCCCCCCCUCCCCCCACCUCUGCUUCAGAAAGUCAGCCGGGUCUGUUUUCUGGAGGUAUACCGAUUUCACCUUUCAAAAACUUCCCUCUCUGACGGAAUAAGUCAGCCUAUGUCCCUGUUAAAGUAUGGAACUGCAGAAGCUAUCAAUUGGUAAUCAUCACCAUGACGAUGCUGUGCCUGCGGAGGGAGGAAUCCCAGCAGAGGAGGAAAUGUUCCUGCCACACAAGAGCGAUGGAUCAAAGAGACCUCAGUUCACAGAUUUUGAGGGUAAAACCUCCUUUGGGAUGUCUGUCUUCAACCUGAGCAAUGCCAUCAUGGGCAGCGGUAUUCUGGGUCUGUCCUACGCCAUGUCCAACACUGGCAUCGUCCUUUUCCUGAUCCUGCUGACAUGUAUCGCCGCUCUGUCCUGUUACUCCGUCCAUCUGCUGCUCCGCAGUGCUGGGGUUGUGGGUAUUCGUGCCUACGAGCAGCUCGGCAUGAGAGCUUUUGGUCAUCCAGGGAAGAUUGUAGCAGCUAUCAUCAUCACGCUACAUAACAUCGGAGCCAUGUCCAGCUACCUGUUCAUAGUCAAAUCUGAGUUACCGCUGGUCAUCCAAGCCUUUCUCGGCCAGACAUCCAGCUCUGACGACUGGUUCAUGAAUGGAAACUACCUCAUCAUCAUCGUCACUGUGGGCAUCAUCCUCCCCCUGGCUCUGAUGAAACACCUGGGGUAUCUUGGUUACACCAGCGGCUUCUCUCUCUCCUGCAUGGUUUUCUUCCUCUCUGCGGUCAUCUACAAGAAAUUCAAAAUUGCUUGUCCUCUGGAAGUGUUUGGCAACUAUUCUGUGACCACAGACGUCUCAGAAGACUCAUGCGCUGUCAAAUACCUCACCAUCAACCAAGAGACGGCGUAUACCAUCCCCAUCCUGGCAUUUGCUUUUGUAUGUCACCCUGAAGUGCUUCCCAUCUACACUGAACUGAGCAACCCAACCAAGAGAAGAAUGCAGAAUAUUGGCAACGUUUCCAUCCUGGGCAUGUUCAUCAUGUACUUCCUCACCGCCACAUUCGGCUAUCUGACCUUCUACGGGAACACUGAGGCAGAGCUGCUCCAUACCUACAGUAAGGUGGACCCCCUGGACACUUUGAUCCUGUGUGUUCGUCUGGCUGUCCUGGUGGCCGUCACUCUGACUGUACCCGUGGUCUUGUUUCCUAUCCGGCGGGCCCUCCUGCAGCUGCUGUUUCCAGGGAAAUCUUUCCACUGGCUGCGUCACAUCGCCAUCGCCUUGUGUUUGCUGUUUGUUGUCAACCUGCUGGUCAUCCUCGUUCCUAACAUCCGAGACAUCUUUGGCAUUACAGGGGCAACCACUGCUCCCAGUCUGAUCUUCAUCCUUCCUGGACUGUUCUACAUUCGCAUCGUCCCCACCGACCAGGAACCCAUGAACUCCAGACCAAAGAUCCAGGCUGCGUGUUUCACAGCACUUGGUUUCAUUUUCAUGUCCAUGAGCCUGACGUUCAUCGGGAUUGACUGGAUGACCGGAGAAAAGCGAAAUCUUGGCGGCCAUUAAAGUGUUCACCCCAAGCCCUACAGCGACAGCAGCCCUCCGCUGCGCCCAUCCAUCCUCCGCUCCUCCCCCGCAUGGGGGAAGCAACCUUUCUGCUGGAAGGCUCUGGGCUUUGGCGGGAGUGUUUUUAUUAAUCAUAGGGACAAUCCCUUCCUCCAGAGUGAUGAGAGGAGCCCUGACUUGUCCCGUCACCCACCCAGCACCACCAGGAUCCAUCACCGGUGGUUUUGUUCCUCCGUUCUCUAUGAAGAGCCGACGGACACGUUGACCAUUGCAGCCCCUCAACCAUUAAAAGAUAUUUGCCCUAACAGAAGCUAAAUGUGGUGUAGAUUUACAGUGUUUCUCAAAUGUUUUCAGACCCAGGAUUACUUACCCAAUAAAAGAAAACUCACAGACCAUCUAACUGCCAAAACAUCCCCCGAAACAAGAGGCCUCUUACUUCAACAGUAUGUUGUAGGAAUGUAAAGAUACACUCAACUCACGAUUCACGAUUUUAUGUUAACGAUGUGUCCUCUUAUCAAAAUUGACACUGACUUUGUAUUUUAUCUUAAAUAACAAAAAAAUUGAUUUCUAAAACAAAUCCCACUUCAAAAUAACUACAUAAAUACAAAACAACUUUUCAAAUAAAUAAACGAAGAAGACGUAGUGACGUAUGAAGUCAAACAAGUGAAAUCUAAAGUAGGUUUUGCACUAGGAUGUUUAAAAAAAAAAACUGCAUCGCAAUUCUUUUUUUUUUUAAAACCGGUUGCAAUCUUCAGACAUUUACACCGAUUUUUAACCGAUUCCUGAUGCAUCGGAACAUCCCUAAUAUAUUACAAAUGACAGCCAAAUUAAAUGACAGUUUUUAGAAAAGGCUGACUCACUCGUCGUCUCUGUUGCCGUCUUAAUGAGGACGAAUUAUGUCCGAAGCCGUCGAUCCAUCCGGUCAGUUGUAACCGUAAACUUGAUUCCUGCGUAUUUCCUUCAAAUGUCACGACGAUCAUUUGUGACGUAAAUUGGAGGCAGUGU